GACUUCAAACCAUUGCGCCAUCUCUGCUUAUCCUCAGAGCCGACAUAGAUCACCCAAAGCUCAUUCUCGUUAUCCAAACCGCACCCCAGAGCCGACAUGAAGCUCAUCACCGUUUUCAUGGCGGCGCUUGGCUCCACAGUCCUUGCCAACAAAGAUCCUGUCGACAAGGCACCCUUUUGGCAUAGUUGCAACCAGUGCGGAUACGAGUGGAACGAUUGCCUGCUCCGACACAACCCUACUCGUUCGCCAUACCUCGAUCCAUUUUGGGAUGCCGCUUGUGCGGAAGAGCUCUGCAACAACGACGACGACCACCUAGGCUGGUGGUGCUGGCACAAUUGCUAUUUCCAUCAGGGUUCCUGUUUUGCGUAUGGCCGAAUGACUGAUAAAGGGGGGAAGUAUGAGGAUAAGGGAUUUUCUCGUGGCGAAUGAAAGCUAGACUUCUCACGCUGUAGGUGCAUAGGUAGA